AGGCGUUUGUCACUGCGACCAUUUCUGCUCUUUGACUAAGACAAAAGAGGACAAGAAAGAAAAAAAAGAUAAGGUUUUGAGGAGUUUUUGGGUGUGUUUUUUUUGUGCGUGGAAGUGUCUAUCUCAGGACAAUCAAAACUUAAAUCCACAGGCCCUGCAGCUCUUUGGAAAUGGAUGACAUCCAGGUUGUUGAGUCCAAGCCCCUGCUGGUUGACAAGGAUCUGCAGGGCUUGAGAGAGGCUGUUCAGCAGCUUGUUAUGAAGGAGCACGAUGUGGACACUCCACAUGGACGAGUCCACUGUACAAUGAAGGGGGUUCCCAAGGGUGACAGGCCUGUCAUCCUCACCUUCCACGACAUUGGACUGAACCACAAAACCUGCUGGGAUACACUCUUUAACCAUGAGGAUAUGGCAGAGAUCAUGCAUCACUUUGCGGUGUGUCACGUUGAUGCUCCUGGACAGCAUGAGGGAGCUAACACCUUUUCCACCGGAUAUGAAUACCCAUCCAUGGACCAACUUGCUGAGACUCUCCCACUGGUGCUGAAGCAUUUUGGGCUGAAGAGUGUGAUUGGAAUGGGCAUUGGAGCCGGGGCCAACAUUCUGACCAGAUUCGCUCUUGACUACUCCAACAUGGUAGAAGGCCUGGUGCUCAUCAACAUCAACCCAUGUGCCGAAGGUUGGAUGGACUGGGCAGCUCACAAACUCAGCGGUUUGACCCAUGACAUGACCGGUAUGAUCAUCACCCACCUCUUCGGAAAGGAGGAGAUUCACCACAACCAUGACCUGAUUGCGACAUAUCGCCACCACAUCAUCAAUGACAUGAACCAGUUUAACCUGCAUCUCUUCGUCAAGUCCUAUGAAAGUCGGAGGGAUCUGGAAGUCGAGAGGCCAGUCCCUGGACAGAACAACAGAACUCUCAAGUGCCCUUCUCUGCUGGUGGUUGGUGACAGCUCUCCUGCCAUUGAAGCUGUGGUUGAGUGCAACACCAAGCUGGACCCAACAAAAACUACCCUGCUGAAGAUGGCUGACUGCGGUGGCAUGCCCCAGGUUGACCAGCCUGGCAAACUGACAGAAGCUUUCAAGUACUUCAUCCAGGGAAUGGGAUACAUGCCGGCUGCCAGCAUGACCCGCCUGGUGCGCUCCCGUACCGCCUCCGGCUCCAGCGUCACCUCCUUCGACGGCAACCGUUCACGCUCUCACACCCAUGAGGGAAACCGCAGCCGCAGUCACACGUCCGAGAACCGCGGCCGCUCCCAUACGGACACCAUGGACAGCAGCAACGCCGAUCAAUCCGUCCCCAAGUCCACCGAAGUGUCCUGCUAAGUCAACUCCCUCCACUCUCCAGACACCUGAACCUCUCCAAGAUCCUUCAGUUCGAUGCUGCGUUGCCUCUAAACUCACACAGACACACGCUUUCCUACUCACUUAAAAAUACAACGAUGUGAAUGAAAGAAAGAAAGGCGCUGAGAUAAUAUACCUGGAUAUGAUCAUACGCACAAGACACACUCAUUUGCAGUUUCUGUGCCGAGGUGUCCUGAUUGGGGAAAAUGUAUUGUCUUUGAGGUAGGACGUCUGCCUGUACUGUGAUUCCUGAGGGAAUUUUUUUCCAUAGAGGGACUCAACAACACAUUUUUGAUCAGACAAUUCUUAGAGGCAACGCAGCAUUCGGAGACGCCGAAGCAGAGAAUGUCAGAGAAAGCUGUGGCUACGAGUACACCAGCUUGUACAUGUCUCUCACAUAAUCCCUCAUACAUUUUUCAUUUCUAUUUCUGCAUUCCCUCUUAUUCCUGUUUUUUGUCCAUGUUUACCAUAUUGACACAGCUUUCUCAAAUAUACCUGACUGUAAAUGUCCAUUUUUUUUUCCUUCUCAGUUAUUGUUUGAUCAUUUAUUCAUUUUUUUUUUUUCUGCGUCUGAAGUGUUGUCGUUUGUAUGUAGGAGCAGAUUUGUAGAUGUGGAGCGAGAAUGGGACGGGGGCACUUGGAUAAAUGCAAGAAGCAGCCUCAAAACAUGCUAUAUACCUUGUGAAAUUAAGGGACAGACUUCAAGUGUCAUAUACAUGCAGCCAGCCUAUUAAUGAUGUAGUUGUAUCCCGCCAGUGUCCAUUUCAAAACAUUUUCUAUUGUUAUAACUACUUUUAACAAGUUAUAUAUCUGUUCCCUGGUGAAAUACGAUAUACAGUGAUCUUUUUUUUUAGACUUUAUGCUUGGUCAUUAAUCAAAACACACUGAAAAAUUCAAAAGCUUUUACAUGAUAUGCUUUAUUAAUAGAUCAUGGCUUCAGACAAAGUUAUUUUUCUCUUUUUUAUGAUUAUUUCUAUGCAAUCAAGCACAAAAGAACAAAGAUGUGCCAUAGAAUUGUUCACUUUUUAGAUACGAUGCUCCUAUGUGGUUGUGGAUUUCUGGGAUGAGUGAAGUUCAUAGGUCCACAUGUUCACACUAGGGUAGCUGUAGAACUUACCUGAAACCUUCUACUCCCAUAUUUUACUUGCACUACAGCGACAUUUGCUUUGUAGAACAUAUAAACGGCUUUGUAAAGAUGCAAUGCACAACCAUCUAAUGCUGUAGAAAAGCAUUAAAAUGACAUAACAGUUUGUAUUUAUUUAAAAAAUGACAAUAAAAAAAAACUUGUAACAGA